AUGUGCAGGGUUUUUGAGGAAAAAAUCCUCUUUAGCCGAGGUGAUAGAGAUACCCAUAUCUACCAGAGUAGGCUUGCCUGUGAGCUGCAUGAUGAUGGCACCAUAGGUGGAUACCAGGAGAUUGCCUUUGAUGGGAAGGCGCUUUUAAUAUUCGAUAAGGAGAAUGUCACUUAUGUGCCUGUAACACAGGAGGCUGAGAUUGUGGCUCAACUAUGGAAUAAACAUUACGAUUCAACUAAUACUAAGCUGUACAUGGAGAAUGACUGCAUUGAGCACCUGAAGCUGUAUCUCCCUUAUAUAUCCACUGACUUGGAGCGGAAAGUUCCCCCCAAUGUGAAGGUUUCCAACUCAGAGUCAGAGAGCGGCACCAAACUGCACUGCCGGGUGUAUGGGUUCUACCCCCGAGAUGUGGAAGUGAAGUGGAUAAAGAAUGGGAGAGAUGAGAUUCACUCAGAGGAGGCAGCACAGAUCCUGCCAAACCCUGAUGGCACCUAUCAGAUCAGAGUCAGUGUGGGGGUAACACCAGAGGGGGGCGCCACUUACUCCUGCCAUAUAGAUCACAGCAGUUUGGAGAAGCCACUGGUUGUAAAAUUUGGUGAGUUUUUUGUACUCUUGUUUAGUUUUUAUAAACAGGACUCUACAGUUCUAAUGCAAGUUAGUGUCUGCUUUGCCUAUUGGCACAGCCCACAGUGAGAACCCUGAAACCUCUUCUGCCUUCCCCUACUCCUAAAUCUCUUGCCCCCUACUGCCUUGAUAUAUUGUGUUCCCCUCCAAAAAUGUCAUUGUGCA